AUGUCCGGAGAACAGAAUGGUUGCGGCAUCACAACGGUGGUGUGUUUCGCCAAGACUUAUUGGAUAAGCAGAGGAUACACAGUUUUAGUUAUAAAUUUCGCGUCUUUCGCGGUUUGUGCCGACAUCUUAGCAAUCGUGCCAACUGCGUCAUACAGCCAUCAAAUAGCUUUCUUUGACUUUUGGAAAGAACUUUCUUUAAGAGGCCAUAAAGUAACAGUGGUUACAACAGAUCCACAGAGUAACGAAAAACUAACAAAUCUAACGGAAAUCGACGCGAAAUGGCUCUACAAAUUCUACGCAGACAUAAGUACCGUCGCUGAAAAAUCACUAACCAUGUGGAACUUUCAUAAAUGGGUACACGAUAUGUUACUCAACACAAGCCAGGAAAUAUUGUCUCAUCAUCAACUUCAAGAUUUGAUACAUAACAAAAAGAGACACUUUGAUGUGUUUCUUGUGGAGUGGUUUUAUGUUGAGCUUUUAGCAUUUUCAGAAAUAUAUAAUUGCCCUACAAUUUUAAUAAGCUCCUUAGAAGUAUUCACAAGAUUCCACACUGAAAUAGGAAAUCCUGCGCAUCCUGGUUUAUAUCCUGAUUUGGGAUCACCGUUCGUCUAUCCUCUGAGUUUUAAAGAAAGGGUGACAAGUACGAUCUACUACCUAUAUACAAUGUUAUUCUACGAUUACUUUAGUUUUCCUUUGAAGAACAAAUUUAUGGCCAAGUUUUUCAACACUACUUCAACAAUAAACGAGUUAUUGGACAACGUCGACAUGCUUUUCCUUAAUGUGAAUCCAGUUUUGCAACAUGUUAGAGCUAUUGGUCCCACUACAAUCAAUAUCGGUAGUAUGAGAGAUAAGUCUGCCAAACCUCUAUCUCAG